CUGAGAGGGGCUGGACCUAGAAGCCUAUAUGUCCAGCUAGCUCCUAAUGACACUGUUGCACCACAACGUCACCUGGAGCAACACUAGUUCCUGGCUUUGUCUGAUUCAUACUUCCUAGGACUCCGUGGAAGACACAUGCACUUCAGAGACAUGACAUGCUUCUCAUAAAGGGGAGCAGAUACCAGAUACAGCAGGAUCCAGCUAUAUCACAGCUAGCUUUCAGAACCCUAUGCAUUUGAUAGCGAAGUAAAUAUAGAGGCCAUUUUCCUUGAUCCGUAGAAGAGUUCACAAUGGAUAUUUCAGCCAUUACAGAGCCCUACUACAACACAGUCACCAAGAAUGACUACAUUCCCGGUAUCUUAUGUGUGAGCAUGGAUGUGCGGGCAUUUGGAGUCACAGUGCUGACCCCCCUGUACUCCCUGGUAUUCAUCAUUGGUGUGAUAGGCAACAUCCUGGUGGUUCUGGUGCUCAUGCAGCAUAAGAGGCUUCGGAGCAUGACCAGCAUCUACCUAUUCAACCUGGCCAUCUCUGAUCUGGUCUUCCUCUUCACAUUACCUUUCUGGAUUGACUAUAUAAUAAAAGGAGACUGGAUUUUUGGUAAUGCCAUGUGUAAGUUCCUCUCUGGGUUUUAUUACCUUGGCUUAUACAGUGACAUGUUUUUCAUCACGCUGCUUACAAUUGAUAGGUACCUAGCUGUCGUCCAUGCAGUGUUUGCCCUGCGGGCCAGGACUGUCACUUUUGGCAUCAUCACCAGCAUCAUCACCUGGGUCCUGGCCAUCUUGGCUUCCAUUCCUUGUUUGUAUUUCUUCAAGGCCCAGUUGGAGUUCACCUACCAUACUUGCAGAGCAGCUUUGCCCCAGGAGAGCCUGAAACAUUUUUUGAGGUUUCAGGCUCUAACAAUGAACCUCCUUGGACUUAUUUUACCUCUCUUGGCCAUGAUCAUCUGCUACACAAGGAUCAUCAAUGUUCUACACAGAAGACCCAAUAAGAAGAAGGCCAAAGCUAUGCGUCUGAUUUUUGUUAUCACACUUCUCUUCUUCCUCCUCUGGACCCCCUAUUACCUGGCUGCAUUUGUUUCGGCUUUUGAAGACUUCCUAUUCACCAGCGGGUGUGAGAGAAGCCAACAGCUGGACCUGGCCUUGAUGGUAACUGAAGCAAUUGCCUACACGCACUGCUGUGUCAACCCAGUCAUUUAUGUCUUUGUGGGUGAGAGGUUCCGGAAGUACCUCCGGCAGCUGUUUCAAAGGCAUACGGCCGUACCAUUGGCAAAAUGGCUGCCCUUUCUCUCUAUGGACCGUACACAGAGGGCCAAUGCCAUGUCUCCAUCCACAGGGGAGAAUGAGAUUUCUGCUGGCUUCUAAUUCAGACCCCUGCAUGCCAACAAAGAUCUAUGAGAGAGUGAAAAGACAGUGUAACUCUCCAAGACAGAUACUGUCUGAGGAUUCAUCAUCUUGUAGAUCAGAGGGACCUUGUAGGUAGCUUAGAUAUAAAUCAACUCUUUAAUGUUUGCCUUGAUCUUCUACCUGUCAGAAAGAAGAUGUAUGAACAAAUUGUAACAUUCCAAAGACUGGGUCAACAAGUUCCAGGGAAGGACUUAGGCCCCACAAGAGGUAGAGUUUGUGACCAUUAGGAUUGUCAAAAAAGUGAACCCUACUCCCAAUGAUUGUAGAACCAGUUAAGCCUACAACUGUGUAUACUCUGAAUCUGGAAGUCAAUGGCAGAUCACAGAUGCCUCCUCCACUGCACCCCCAUGGCAUGGCCUGAACUCUUGAAAAUCCUGGAAUUCAAGGUCAAAGUACUUGAGAUCUACUGAGGCACUGCUUUAUCUUUUGGGUAGGAAAGUCCUUAGAGAGAACUUUAUAUUUGUUAAGGCCAAAGACUUAUGGCAAGUAAAUAGGGAAGGACAUUCACCUUUCCUGCUUAUAUUCUUCUCCCUAAGGGAAGAGGCCUCUUAGUAUAUAUUAUAACAUAAUAUAAUAUAGUAUAUGUACUGUAUAUUAACCUCCAUGUUACCCUUUCUAAUCCUGCAAGUCCUCUGUAUCUAGUCUAGAAAAAUACUUCAAAGUGCUUUGUCUUUGCUUAACAGCAGGGCCAAUAUGUGUGAUGUGAGAAUCAUUUUACCAUGUUUAACCAUGAAACUCGGUUCACCUAGUGGUUCCAUUUUCAGUGGCUGCCACCUGCUUCCCCCAGAAGACCUCCCUUAGUUUGAUAACUUCAUUUACCACUCUUAUCUCAUGAUGGAAAAGAGAUAUACUUUCAUUUUGUAAUGCUUUAUUCAUCACAAAUGACAUUUAUCAACUUAUUACUUCAUUGAUGUUACACUAUAUUGAAUAGGAAUCCCUAAAAUUUUGAAGAGUUUUGUUUGUUUGGUUGGUUGGUUUGGGGGGAUUAUUUUUGUUUGUUUGUUUGGUUGAUUGGUUUAGGUAGCUUCAGCUGUCCUGAAACACACUCAGUAGACCAGACUGGCUUUGAACUCAUAGAGAUCCACCUGCCUCUGCAGUGUUGGGAUUCAAGGAGUACGCCACUACUGUCUGGCUACAAAUACCUAAUUUUGAUGUCAUAAAUUUCAUAUUUUUUUAAAAUUUUGCUUCUGCUAUUUAAAUAUUGUGUAAAGGUUUCAUAACCCCAUCUUUUCUAAUUUGUCCUAUAUUUUCUUCUGUUACUGCAAUAUUUCAUUUCCAUUUAGAUCUUUACUCUGACAGGUAACUAUGAAAUGCUACUCAACUUUUCAGAAAUCAAUGAUUCCAAUCUUUGAAGUGUUGAUGAUAGUGGCAUUUGCCUGUCAGGGUUGGCAUGAAGAAUAACUGAUAGUAUACACGAAGUGCUGAUAUGAGUGUCUGCCACAUAGUAUCAUGCAAAUACUUUGACUAUAUAGUUAAAAUAAAUGUGUUUAGUUAUAUUUCUGUAAGUCAUAGAGUAUGUGAAGAUGCAGCAAAAAAAAAAUAAAGGUGAUUCUAAUAA